AUGGACUCACCGAGCAUUUCGCAGGGCGACGACAAGAAUCCUCCCGUGAGCGAGCAAGAGCGAAAGAAGCUCCGCAAUCGGCUAUCCCAGCGUGCCUUUCGGCGCAGACAGGCAGAAUGUAUCAGGGAGUUGCGGAAUAGGGUGAAUGCGGAUCAGAGGCCCGACAGUGAGCGCGUGGAGGCGCUGCAGAAGGAGAACCAGAUGCUGAGGAAGCAGCUGAUUGAAGUCCAGACCAAGAUGUCGAGAAUGUUGGCUUCGGUUCAGUUGUUGAGUGAUUCUGUCGCUAAAACAUUGGAUAAUACGGCGGCUGGUGAGGAUUCGGAUGACAGAGAUGGUGACGCUGAGGAUAUGCGGCUGGGUGAUGAUCCUGGUAGAAAGCAGGACCAACAGCUGCAUGUUUCAGAUUCCUCGCUAACAUCUCUGGACUUGGAAUCUUUUGACCCCUCCAUGCUGGACUUUGAUGCUCCUUUUGCGCCAGCCAAUAUCGCAGCACCAGGGUCUGGUAGCGGUCUUACGUCGGAAGUUGUCAACGUCGCUGGCACAAACCCUUUCUACUCUCAGAUACCAAAUAUCUGGAGCCAUGAGUACCAGAUGGGCAUGCAGCCGUAUCUCAAUGCCAUUAACGCAACGGAGGAGUCUAGCCUGGUUCUGGGAAAGGAUUAUUCAUUCACAAAUUCGCCCUUCUCGGAUCAUAUUCAGCUACUCCAGAGGAUGCUUAAGAACAAGCUUAACACUCUUGGGUUCGUUCCCAAUGCUCACAAUCCGGUGCAGAGCGUUUAUCAGCCGGUGCUCAUGGUCCUUUCCAUGUUCAACAGCAUGACUCGGCCAGACGUAAUGGCAUGGUACGCCAAGACUCGCUUCUACCAUAUCAUCGAACUCACCGCCUGGCAACUCUACCCUUCUGCAGCGACCUUUAAUAGACUGCAUCCCCGGUACCGGCCCACCAAAGCGCAGUUGGAAAAUGCCCACCCUGGUAUAAUCGACUGGAUCCCGUUCCCAUCGAUUCGAGACAGGUUGAUACAGCUCCAUUCCGCGAACCCACACAUCGACCAAAUCUUCUGCGAUGCUGUCACAGGUUACGUGGUGGAAGCUCUCAUGUCGGACCUCAUCCUCGGAGCCCCACAAAUCACCGUCUACGUCCGGGUCACCGAUCUCAUCAAUACCAUGGCGUCCGGCACGUCUGAAAACGAAAGUACAAUUGCCGUUCUACCUGCACCGGACAUCACGACUUUAUUCUCGUCGCCUGCGUUUGCACGCGCAGCCUUUGGCAAAUUGAACAUGGACAAGGGAGCGGGUUACUACAAGAUCGACCCCGCAUUCUUCGAGAAGUAUCCUGAACUCUGGGACCAGGUCAGCGACCUCACAGCGACGGGCAUGCCGCUCAAGCCGAAGUAUCAGAAGAUUCUUACCUAUCCGAAACCGCUGGAUCCCUCGACUGUCGACACGUAUCGGAGCUUUAUCGACUUUUCUCUGGACGCGGCAAACACAAUCUCAAUGUCCCCCGCUUCGUAG